CGGGCUGAGCAGGGCGGGGGUCCGUUUCUGGGAAGGGGAUCCGUCUCUGGGAAGGGGGUGCGUGCGGCGCUCGGGGGAUGCUCUGCGGGCAGGGCCGCCUCUUCUGCAUGCCCAGCGCCUCUCCUACCGGCGGACCCGGACCCGGUUUGCUUUUCCUCUCUCCUUGCCAUUCCAGCCCAACAAACCCAUCCUCAGGGAGGUACGGCGAGCUGUCUGUCCUAGUGGUAACAGUGUGAGCGAGCCGGGCCCUUUGACCCCCCGGCUCCCAUCGCGGGAGAAUGUUGUGCUGAGGGUUAAUUUUGGCGUCGGGCUGAAUUUAGGCAGAAAUCCUUCCUGUAUGGAUCAACCUUCUAGUGAUGGUGAAACUGGGAGAAGACCACUCUAAACAAACACAGGAUGAUUCGGGUCCCAGCUGAUGCAGAAAAUGCUCACAGUAGCAGUGUGGAAUCUUGUCCUUCCUUGCGGGAUGUCCACUCUAUCAACCCUACACAGCUGAUGGCAAGGAUUGAGUCAUAUGAAGGCAGGGAGAAGAAAGGCAUAUCAGAUGUCAGAAGGACUUUCUGUUUGUUUGUUACAUUUGAUCUCUUAUUCAUAACCUUAUUGUGGAUAAUAGAAUUGAAUGUAAAAGGAGGCAUUGAGACUACCUUAGAGAAAGAAGUCCUACAUUAUGACUACUCUUCUUCAUAUUUUGAUAUAUUUCUACUGGCAGUCUUUCGGUUUAAGGUGUUAAUACUUGCAUAUGCAAUGUGCAGACUGCGCCAUUGGUGGGCAAUAGCUUUUACAACAGCAGUGACCAGUGCCUUUUUAUUAGCAAAAGUAAUUAUUUCACAGCUGUUCUCACAGGGUGCUUUUGGCUAUGUGCUCCCCAUUAUAUCAUUCAUACUUGCCUGGAUUGAAACUUGGUUCCUGGACUUCAAAGUGUUACCACAAGAAGCUGAAGAAGAAAAUAGAUUUUUGAUAGCACAGGAUGCUUCAGAACGAGCAGCUCUUCUUCACCCGGGAGUCCUCUCUGAUGGGCAGUUCUAUUCUCCUCCUGAGUCUGUAGCAGGUUCUGAUGAAGAUUCUGAAGAAAAACAAGACAGUGAAAAACCAAUUGUAUAGCAAAUAAGAAAAAGCAG